AUGUCAUCAGCUAAAGAUAAACACAUUGUCAUGGAUCUGCUCAUUAAAACUCUUACUGUUUCAUAGGAAUCACCGAGUUCAUUCAAAAUUUGCUGGGGCAGAGGUAUAUUGAAAUUGAUAAUUAUUUUAAGGUGCCAAGAAAAUGCUUAAGGAUAAAUAUUUGGGUAAACAGCUUUUGAUAUCGCCCAAUAUGCCCCUUAGCUUGAAGAUGAGUAAUAUGCAAGUGAUCCUAAUAAUAAACUUAAACUUCCAUUGAACCUUCCACUGCUGUCAGAAUCCUAACAACCAUCAGAUUCAUCAUUGGAAAUUACUAUCAUUCUUGGCUAUUAAAAAGCGACAUUAGAAAGAUAGUAAACAACUCCUGAGUAAAAAUAAAAGUUACAAAGACAACAGCUAGAAUAAAGCCAUAAAAAGAAACAAUAAGACAUUGAAAAUAACAAUCAAAAGCUAACAUAGGAGAUACUAUUCCAAGAUAUGAAGUUGAAAGGUUAGUAAGAGGAGUAUGAUUCAAUUAUGGAACAGUAUAACAGUAAAUUAGAGUCAUUGAUAUAGCAAGAGAUUUAACUUGGAAACGUCAUAAAUUUAUUGAACUAGGAGAUCGAAAACAGCUAGAAUUAGUUUGAUUAAAUGAGUCAUUCUCUCAACUCUGGAGAUCCUGAGCUAGAUCGAAUUGAGACUGAGAUAAGAAACAAAGAAAAGAAUAUUCAAGACAUUAAAGAUUAAAUGAAAGAUCUGAAUAGUGAAAACAACAAAUUUCAAAUUUAAAUGUAAGAAUUUAGACUGUUAAAUAUUUAGAAAACUUUGGAAAUCUUUACUGGGAAAAAUAAACAAAAUUGA